UCUACAUUUUCAAUCAGACGAACCUCUAAAAAGAUAAUCUAUUCAAUCAGAUUUCCCGUGAUUGUUACUUUGCAAAGAUGCUCCCAUUCAGCGCUCACUCGUGAUCCGAACGCGUCUGGCAGCGCCCGCUCCCGUGACACGCCGCCGCACCUUCGCCGCGCGCGAAUUAAAAAACAAAACAUUUAAAAAGUUAAAAUGUCACACGAAGUGACUUGAAAAACAAUUGACAAUUUAACUGUUGUUUUACUUCAGUGACUGUGUUUUGUUUAACGAGUGACUUGGUGAUAAUUAUUCAAAUUAUCCGAUAAAUUUUGGAGUCAAGGAGACAUUGCACUAGUUGGUUUACCACUUUCAAAACGAGCACCAGUUUGAUUCCAGGACCAUGGAUCCAGAGCAGGUUAUGGAGGAGAUGGACUCCUCCACUCCUGGGGUCCCGACAUUUUUGAGCGACAACAGGACAGUGAACACCACCAACGCUACUGACAUCAACUAUUAUUACUUCUAUGAGGUGGCGCAGUUCACAGUGAUGUGGGUGCUCUUCAUAUCCAUAGUGGUCUUAAACGCUUCAGUCAUCGCAGCACUCCUGUGUACCAACGCCAGAAAAAGCAGGAUGAACUUCUUCAUCAUGCAGCUAGCCAUUGCGGAUCUUUUCGUGGGCCUCGUGCUGGUGUUCGCAGACAUCGUGCAAAAACACACAAUAGCGUGGCUCGCCGGGGAGUUUAUGUGCAAAUUCGUUAAAUUUCUACAGGCCGUGGUCAUGUACGCCUCUACGUACGUGCUGGUCGCACUGAGCAUAGACCGAUGUGACGCCAUCACCAAUCCCAUGAACUUCUCCGGCAGUUGGAACCGAGCUAGGGGCCUAAUUGCGUCAGCUUGGAUCAUCAGCAUAGUGUUUUCCAUCCCACUUCUGAUAUUGUACGAAAUUAAAGAAGUACAAGGGCAACAACAGUGCUGGAUAGAUCUCGGCUCGUCCGAGAGAUGGCAGAUCUGGAUGACCCUAGUCUCCGUCAUGAUCUUCGUGCUCCCCGCCCUGGCAAUAGCGGCGUGCUACGCCGUCAUCGUCAUGACCAUCUGGACGAAGAGCAAAGCGGUCGUCAUGAGUCCGCCCGUGAGCUCUAGAAGGACGAAAACUAUGAAUAAUGGACACGCGGAGGGUGACCUAGACUCCAGGCGUGCCAGCUCACGAGGCCUCAUACCCAGAGCCAAGAUUAAAAGCGUCAAGAUGACAUUUGUCAUCGUGUUCGUAUUCGUCCUCUGCUGGCUCCCGUACAUCGGCUUCGACUUGCUGCAAGUGUACCACUUCAUCCCGCAGACGCAGACCAGCAUGGCCAUAGCCACGCUGAUCCAGAGCUUGGCACCACUUAAUUCAGCCGCUAAUCCAUUGAUAUGCUGCAUGUUUUCGCCUCACAUCUAUAUGAGCCUUAGACGAGUGCCGCCGUACCGAUGGCUGUGGUGCAGCCGGCGCCGGCGCCGACGCGGACGCGGCACGUUGCGAUCACGGUCCGACUCCACGGCCAACUCGGACCUGCUCAGCCAUUCGACGCAUGCGAGAAGAUCGCAGUCGGUUGCUGUGUCGCUGAACCGCACGCGCAGCAGUAGCGUAUCCCGCGCGAUCCACAGCGACCGGCGCACGCAACUGGUCGUACUGACGUCCGUGCGCGACUGACGACUAAACCACACGGACGACGUCAUGCUGUAGAUAACAUUAUGUAUAGUAAGCUGCAAUAUAUUAUCUGUCAGUGUCAAAAGUGACAUUUCUUCAACCAGAAAUCUCACUUUUAUUUUUUGCAAGCAGAUACUCCCGAAACAAACAGUAGAGAAAACGAUACUAUUUUUUUUAAUUAGAUAAACAAAAAAUUUUAGCGGUGAAUUUUUCCAUUUAUUCUUUAAAAUACGGUACGCCUCAUGGAUGCAUCAUGCUGUGUUAAAAUAGUCUAAGUUAACUACAUAGCAUUCAAAAGAAGCGUGACGGACAUCGACCGACAUCCAGAUGUAGUGCAUACCUAAUUGUUUUCCAUCGUAUUUUCUCGGAAACCUUCGUAUUUGUCAUUCCACUUCAGUCAACGUUAGUACUUUUUGUACCGAGAUUGCCUGAAAUAGCAAGACACGUUAGUACGUUUCCGUGAAA